UUAUACCUAACGUAAUCACUUGAUUAAUUUAACCAAUUUUUCUAUCGCAUCGAUAUCUUGAUCAAGCUACUUGAUAGAGAUGUAAGAAAACCAGAGUUAUCUACAGAUGGCCGUUGAGCUACGAUUUUAAUUUAAGGCCUGUACCGAAUGAAAUGUUUCACUUUCACAGAAGAACUCGGUUAAAUAUUUAUGAAAAAAGUAUGGUUGAACUUUUAAAUGAAGAUAUUACGUUGAAAAUACUAGUAGUUGGUAGAAGCGGAGUUGGUAAAUCUAGUUUAGCUGCUCGUUAUGUAGAUAAUGAUUUUCAAGAAGGUAGUAUUACAACGAUUGGCAUAGAUUAUAAAACCAAGUUUAUUAACAUCGAUGGAUAUAAUGUUAAAUUACAGAUCUGGGAUACUGGUGGAGCUGAAGCAUUCAGAACGAUUACGAGAAAUUAUUAUAGAAGUACUCAAGGAGCUAUUCUAGUCUACGAUGUAACCAAUCGAAAAAGUUUCGAAGAUCUUGCUGUUUGGUUCGAAGAAAUAGAGAAUAAUCGUACUGGUUAUGUUGCUAAAAUGAUUGUUGGGAAUAAAAUUGAUGUGGGAGAAAAACAAAUUUCAAGAGAAGAAGCUUAUAAAUUUGCUAAACGACAUGAUGCAUUAUUUAUUGAAACCAGCGCCAAAACAAGUUACGGUGUAAGCUUUGCUUUUGAAGAAUUAGUCCAAAAGAUAAUAAUGAAUCAAGAUAUAAUGAAAACCCAUCCAAAUGUAUCAAACCAGACAAUAAAAUUGGAAACGAGAACAGUCAAAAAAUCGAAAAUGAGAGCCGCAUGUAAACCGUGUUAAAUACGAUUACAAUUUAGAAAUAAUAAAUAACUAACUCAGUACUUGUACCUUGUAAUAUUACGAAACAAAUGUAAUCACAUAAAAUGAAGUAUCUUCGAUGUACCUACUACCUAGAUUUUCAUAUUACACGAAUCAUUACCAUCGUCAAUAGUAUUCAUACAUAUCACAGCUGUCAAGAUAACGCUAUUGAUCUUCUCUAAAAAUAGCAGGAGAAAGUUUACUUGAUAACGACAAAACCUAUAUGAAAGUAAAUGACCGUAAAGAUUCUUCUCACGUACAUGAAAGAAGUAACCUUUCAAUCAUCGUUAUUCAACUGCCUAUCAAAAUACAAAACAACACAAACAAUCAUCUACCAAAUAUUUAUUCAAACAGCGAUACUAAUUUUCUUCACCUAAUACCUAUUUUAAUUUUUAAAAAAAAUCAAAUUUGAACAUUUAAAAAUUGGAGUAUCCUAGUAUUUGUAAAAGCUAUUAAUAAGCGAAAAUUUCACAUAAAAAAAUAACUUAAAAUACGAUUUGCUAACGGGCAAAAUAAAAUAUAUAAAUUUAAAAUAAUAAAACUGAUAUCAUUAUCGUGGUAAUCAAAAUCGCGACUCUCGAAAAAAAAAACAUUACGAAGAGAAAAUUUAUCCUUAAUGGUGAACUUUAAGGAACUGUGGAGUAUUUUACAAUUUGAUCGAUGUUCGACAGACGAAUCAAAUUCAUUUCUUUGCAUUAAUAAUAUCGAUGAAUUCGGGUUUUAACGAAGCUCCUCCGACUAAAAAUCCAUCGAUAUCUUUUUCUUUCGCUAAUUCUUUAGCAUUACCGCCAGUCACAGAGCCACCGUAAAUAAUGCGGAUUUCUUUCGCUACUUUUUCAGAUAUUUCUUUACUGAUGUAUUCACGUAGUUUAGCGUGUACUUCUUGAGCCUAAAAUGAAAAUAAAUUAGUGAACGUUCGAAUGUAAAGAAAAGAAUUGUAACACAGAAACACUCUUAUGUACUUGUUGAGGCGUAGCUGUUUUUCCGGUACCGAUGGCCCAUACAGGUUCAUAGGCGAUCACUACGUUUUUCCAUUCGCCGAUUUUAGAGGCUAUUGCUUUAACUUGCUGGAAUACAACGGCUUCAGUCUGGCCUGCUUCUCUUUCUUCGAGUUUUUCGCCUAUGCAAGCUAUCACUGAUAAACCACUUUCUAAAGCGUGGGCAACUUUUUCAGCAGUCAA